AUGCUUGCGACAGUCGUGGCGAGUACGAUCUCAGGUGUGGUGCUGCUGGGCCUUGCGGCGGUGUGGUUGCAGCGGCGGCUAAGGGACCGACAUCACGACUUCCUAGGCCGUGUGUUGGCACCUAGGGCGGGGCCGGACACGACCCUGCUCAUUAGCGAUGUCCAGAACAGUACGGUGCUAUGGGAGCAGCUGCCUGCGGAAGUCAUGGAUAUAUCGCUCAAGCUGCAUCACAGCACGUUUCGCCGCCUUCUCCCGAAGCACGACGGAUACGAGAGCAGCACAGAGGGCGACUCUUUCAUCCUGGCUUUUGCUGACCCGACGAAUGCGGUGGCCUUCGCAGCAGCAUGCCAGGUCCAGCUAGUGCUACAGGAGUGGCCACAACAAUUAUUGGAGCACCCAGAUGGCCAGCUGGUACUGGUGGACCCACGGGACGGUGAUCCAGUGCUACAGGCCGCAGCGACGCCCCACGGUGAUAUCCGCCUCAUCGCCAGCCGCACCAACUCCUUGGCCGCCUUCCCGUUCAUGUCCACCAUCGCGACGUACAUGCGCGCCGCCGCCACCGGAGCUCUACGCAUCUCGCAAAUCAUGCCGUCGCCGUUGCUGCUGUCGCCAACGUUGCGGACAGGAUCGCGGCCGCCAGCGGCGGCGACGGCGGCGACGGCGGGUAUCAACGACGCCGUCACUCGAACAUCUAGCAUCGUUAAUUUCGUGUCAGAUGGUACAGUACACGGAGGCAAUGUAUUCUUCCGCACACAGAGCGAAUGCGUGGAUUUUGCCUCCCAAGAUGGACUGUACAACAGCGCUGCGGCCGUUACAGCCGCCGCUGCCGACGCCGACGCGGCAGCAGAAUCGACGCCUGACUUCUCGGCCAGGGGUAACCGGACCCUCAGCGGUGACGGCAGCGUCAACGCGGUGCCGUACACGGGCCUGCUUCCUACUAAGCUCGUCAGCUCUGGGGAGCCACGUAAAACGCCGCCGUCAGGCAACAGCCCCAUCCUCGCCCGCAUUAUCAACCAGCGCAGUGCCGCCAGCUUGGGGCACAUACUCGAUAGCAGCUGUGACUUAGUUGUACGGCCUGGAACCACCAGUGGCGGCGGCGGCGGUGUCCGCAACAAAUUUCCCACAGUGUCUUCUUCGGAACGCAACGUCGUGGGGCUUCACUCACCGGGCUUCUCCAGCAUACUUUCGAUCCUGCCGACCCUUCGAGAAGACCGGGCAACGUGGGGGCUGCCUUCGAGCACGAGUAGCGACUGGCUUACAGCACUGUGCGCAGCGUUUCCGUCCGUGCCGACUCAGGGGGUGUCUGCAUGUGUCCAGGGUGACCAGGCAUUGCGGUACCUCCGCAAUCUUUUCAUUUUCCUCCCCCUUUGUGACCCCCUCGUGUUUCCCCUCCUCCUUUCCCUCCUCGUUCCCCUUUUCCUCAUCGCACCCUGCUCACAACCUUGCUACCUCUCUGCCUCACAUGUGCCCUUGCCGCUACUUCUGCUGCCUGGCCAGAGUCCGCUGGUGGCCCUUCCUUCGGGCCGGCCUGUGCUGGCUGCUUACCGUGGUCUCCGAGUGCGAAUGGGCCUGCACACCGGCUUAGAGGACCCGCAGCACAUUGUGUUCAACAAAGUGGCGAGUGCCUUCAAAUACCAAGGCAAGUUCACGGCUCUGGGGAUGUGUCUCGACCGCGUGCACGUCUCGACCGCAAUACUUUCACACAGCGUGCGCAGCCGCCUCUCUGAACUGGCCCGUUCACCAAUACAUCACACCGGUCGAGGGAGGGGCCCCUUGGACCAGUCCAUAGCCGUUAUUAUUAUGAUCAUCAUUAUUGUGGCGCCCCGAUCACCAAGCCGCUCGCGGCCAUUAGGGGCCUGUCCCUUCCUGGAGACCGCUCGUUGCAUCAUCGAUGCAGCGCCGGGCGGCAUGGUGGUGCUGUCCAGCCAGGCAUUUGCACGGCUGCGCCACAGCGCCAAUACACCUAGAGGGGGCGUGGGAGGGGGCGGCAACGGGGCCCCCCAGCACAGCGCCAAUAAGCGCCGCGCCGGCCGCCAGACCGAAGCGCUCGUACUGUACGGCGGACACCACGUGUUGAAGAGCUCGCCGCCAACGCCGGGACCGCCGUCGAAGCCUGUCGCCGCCACCGCCAGAAGAUUGAGUUCGGUUGUGAGAUUCAGCAUUAUGGGUAUUGGCGAGACGUUACGAGGCGAAGAGGGGUCGGCGGAGGCCGAGAGUACGACAGAGGGUACGGCGCUGUAUCAGGCGGUGCCGUCGGCACUGUCCUGCAGGCUGGCGCUGUCGGCGCCGCUGGUGACGAAGCGCGUCCUUCAGCUCGGCAGUCUGAAUGCGGCUGUGGGCUGCAUUAGCAUCGCCUUUAUGGCUGCUUUAAAUCCCAAGCAGACCUCGGCGAUUUCCAAGUGUGGACUCGGGCGCGCCCUCUCCCAGUUUCAGCGCCUUGUUUUUCGUCUGUUAGGUUCAAAGGGAGGCUACCUUGUGGAAGGGGAGGACGGGUUGGUGCUGGCGGCGUUUGAGUCUCCCAUGGCCGCAGUGGAGUGGGCGCUCGACUGUGCGGCGGGGCUCAAAAAUCUUGUGGGUGGCAGCACCUGGGAUCCGGAGCUACUCGGCCAUUGGCUGUGUGAGGAAGUGUUGUCAGUUGGGGUAGCGGGAACCGACACAUUGCCGACCGCUGACAAAGGGAAGGACAAUGAGAGGGUCCCCUGGGAGCCGGUGGACCUUCCCGACGGGGGUGAAGGCGCCAGGGCCGGUUCGCCGCCGGCGGUGGCCCGACGGUGCAGCCUUCGACGCAACCUGUCCAACAUGCCAAGCACGGCUCGUCUCGGAGCAAUCACGACGACGCGACGGGUGUUGGAGCGUGGGCUCCGUAUCAAGGUGGGACUUGACACGGGUCUAACCACCCACAGUCUCAAUGAGGCUUCAGGUCGACUUGCCUAUAGAGGCAAGGUCAUGAACAGGGCCUCCCGCGUCGCCGGCAAGGCGGCGGCAGGCCAGGUGGUAUGUACGGACGCUUGCUGGCGUGGAUGCCUUAUGCAGGCAACCGACGCGGGCGUAAAUGUUCGAGGUACAUUCCUUAGGAGCAGCGACGGCGGUAGCGAGGGUACCAGAACGAUGACGAUAUCCUCGGAGUACACAGGAGUGGAUUUAUCAGUCUGCGGCGAAGGGGAUUCAAUCGGGGGACUUGUGGCCAUCAGCUUGGGAAAAGUGGCAUUAAAAGGAAUAGCAACACCUGUGGAAUUAUUUCAGUGCAUGAAAAAAUAA